AUGCGCUCUAUAAUCGUGCUUGGCCUUAUGGUCGUAUUGUCCCGCGCCGCACUCCCUAUGUCAUUUGACUGCUCUGACAAUAUGCAAGACGUCUGUGAUAAUAUGUGCUGGGGCGCAUAUUGCACACAUCCGGCCUUUGGCACCAAGCUAGAAUACGACAAUUAUGGCGGCACGGGAGAUCGUGAGGGUAGCGUUGGCAAGCGGCGCACCAACUCGGCCGGAUGCACGCCUAGGCCUAACAGAUGCAGCCCCGAGGCUGGGAAAAAUUGUGACGAAUACCCCUUUGCGAGCACAAGUGAUGCCGAUAAGGGCGGUCAAGUCACAAAAUGCGUUGUUAGCGGCCACAACUCUCGGCAAGGCAACAUCAUCAAAAAUUACGUUUCAGCCAACUGCAACAAACAGAAAUGCAGCUUCACCAUAGGAUUCGGAGAACCGGACACCAAAGGCGUCAAGUACUGCACGGCCCGCAGCGAUCCUUACAACAAGUGUAUUCCCGACGGAACCAUCUGGAAGAACGGCAAGAAGGAUGUGCGUCCGCCCAAGUCCGCCUCGAGGCGUAGCACUGGUAAUGAUAAUACGACGACGUCCUUGCCCGGAGGUCUGUAUCUGAUGAAGUCUGGGAUGAAGGUCGCUUUUGGGGAGGAUUUGGACAUCGGUACUAAGACGAAGCGCGCGGCGCCGAGGAACGCUACGUUUGCGCGGAGAGCGCUGGAGGGCCUUGAGGAUGAGGAUGAUGUCCAUUGGGACUUUCACGAUGAUGAGAUUGUAGCACGUCUUGAAUAA